AUGUCAUUCGAGCAAGAAAUUGCCGAUAGAAGGAUGGGCAGUGCAGUACAAGGUACCGACAUGCAGUCCUCGCAGUCCCUCGAACAUCCUACGGCGGCGGGUCACUCGUCUGCACAACGUAUCAACGAGCGGCACGCGGACAUACCUGCCUUUCCAGAGCAGUACUCCGAGUCCUCGGAGUACUACUGGUACUAUGGUUUUGCGGCAUCCAUACAGGAGAUCCGUGCCAUUGUUCAGCACUACAGUCCAGAGUCCCUCAUAACCCCCGAUGGCAGCGUCGCGCCAGACCUGACUUAUCUCACAAGUCUCCACCAAUUCUGCAUGGCGGCAAGCAGAUGGUGGUACAUGCUCUCGGUGCUUGUCCAACCAGUACCGGAAAACGCGGAUAACGUGCAGACCUUAUACCCCGCGCCGAACGGUCAGCCCACGGUCUUCUUCUUCUCGGUCGUGGCGACGCAGGAGGAUUUCCUCGCCAUGCGCCCGGACCAGGAACAGAUGAAUAGGCUGGUAAAGAUAUUCCAGAAGGAGCCCGAGUGGCGGGAGGAUGCGAUCCCGAAGUCGGAGUGGGCGGAGAAGCCACGAUCGAGCCUCAUGCUCCAGCGCAUCCAUCCCGAACACGCUGAGAUCCCUGCCUUGCCCACGCAAUACUCCCCCACCUCCGACUAUUACUGGCACUUCGGCUUCCCGGUCUCCAUCGCCGAGGUUCGUGCCAUCCUUGAGGAAUGGGCACCCUCGCGCGUCCGUAUGUCUCCCAUGGACGACCAGGACAUGAUGCGGGAGCUCCUCGUCAUGGCCAACCAGAUCUGGCCCUUGACGAAGGUAUUCGACGUCCAGCCAGAGGAGGGAAGCGCGGACAAUGUGCAGACGAUCUAUGAGACCUUGGACGACCGGCGCGCGGUCUCCUUCUACUCAUUUAUGUCGACGGAGAAGGAGCACUUCAUCUCGCGGCCGGGGCCGAAGGAAGUGAAGACACUGACGACCCUCUUCGGGAAGCAGCCGGUGUGGAGGGAGGAUGCGAUCGAGAAGAAUAUAUGGGCGGAUUAUUAUGACGAGCAUUACGACUCGGAUGAUUACGAAUAG